CGUUUUUGUGUUUCCGGCGUCGAUCACAUGAUGAUUUCAGCUUGAGGAGUUUUGUUGACUUUUCUGAAGAUCUCAGAGCUCAGAUAGAAUCUCCUCAUUCAUCUGCUGUACAAACCUUCAAAUCUUCUCUGAUAUGGAUGAAUCGCGAUUGUUUGCGUCGAUGUUGGGCUUUCUGCUGCUGUGUGUCGCGAUCAGUGUUUCUGAGGCGAAAACAUCUCCAAAAACAACAAUAACAACAACUCUUCCACCUCUUCACAAACAAUGCAACACAAUGACUUCCUGUGAGACGUGCCUCGCCAAUGUCUCGUGUUUGUGGUGCCAGACGAACAGCAGCUGCACAGAUUAUCCGGUCUCGUAUGUGCUUCCUCCGGCGUCGCUGUGUAAACUCUCUCAGGCUCGCUGGGGUGUUUGCUGGGUGAACUUCGAGGCUCUGAUCAUCGCGAUGGCUGUGGUGUGUGGGACUCUGCUGCUGGCCGUGUGCGUCUGCUGCUGCUGCUGCUGCUGCUGUAAACGCAGACGCUCGUCCAGUUUUGACCGUGAUGAUGAGCAGUUUGCGCGGAGAAGAGAGGAGAUCAGACAGCGAGCGGAUGAACGGAGGGCCGAGAGGACGGUGAAAAAUGAUGAAAUCCGCAAGAAGUACGGUCUCAUCCCAGACUCCGAUCAUCCGUACAGCAAGUUCGAGAACGAGUAAAAGCCACGGAUCGCAUCCCUUCACCACACGCCGGAUCACUUUAGGUUAGAAAUCUCUCUCACCUGUAUUACAGCAGAACGCUGCUAAAGAAUCAUUUUCAUCCUCUGUAUUUCUGUCUUGACUUCUGAUACAAAUAUCUAAAUAUUCAGAUAAUCAAGAUACUAGAAUAACAUAAUAUAUAAAGU